CGCGCACGCGCGCGCGCGAGCAUGUGAAGAUGGCGGAGCUGCAGAUGCUGCUGGAGGAGGAGAUCCCGGGAGGGCGCCGGGCCCUCUUCGACAGCUACACUAACCUCGAAAGGGUCGCCGAAUACUGCGAGACCAACUACAUCCAGUCAGCAGAUAAACAACGAGCCCUAGAAGAAACCAAAGCAUACACAACUCAGUCCUUAGCUAGUGUAGCCUAUCUGAUCAACACUUUGGCCAAUAAUGUUCUGCAGAUGCUGGAUAUCCAGGCAUCCCAGCUUAGGCGCAUGGAAUCUUCAAUCAACCACAUUUCACAAACAGUUGAUAUACACAAGGAAAAAGUGGCUAGAAGAGAAAUUGGCAUCUUGACUACAAACAAAAACACUUCAAGAACUCACAAAAUCAUUGCACCAGCCAACUUGGAGCGACCUGUUCGUUAUAUCAGGAAACCUAUUGAUUAUACAAUUCUUGAUGAUAUUGGACAUGGGGUAAAGUGGUUGCUUAGAUUUAAGGUUAGCACGCAGAAUAUGAAAAUGGGUGGUCUGCCUCGUACCACACCACCCACCCAGAAACCACCCAGUCCACCAAUGUCAGGGAAAGGAACCAUUGGGCGUCACUCUCCCUAUCGCACACUGGAGCCAGUGCGUCCUCCAGUGGUACCAAAUGACUAUGUACCUAGCCCUACCCGUAAUAUCGCUCCCUCGCAGCAGAGCCCUGUUAGAACAGCUUCUGUGAAUCAGAGGAAUCGCACUUACAGCAGCAGCGGAAGCAGCGGAGGGAGCCAUCCCAGCAGUAGGAGCAGCAGUCGAGAGAACAGUGGGAGUGGAAGCGUGGGCGUCCCUAUUGCUGUCCCUACUCCGUCCCCUCCCAGCGUGUAUCCAGCCCCUGCCAGCUCAGCUGGCACUUCUCCUCUUCCUGCUACUUCUGCCUCUGCUCCCGCCCCUCUCACUCCUGCUACCGCCCCAUCCUCCGCUACCCCAGAUGUUGCUGCUGCUGCUGCUGCUGCUGCUGCAGGAGGGGUUCAGCCCCUUGCUGAUGGCUUCACUUCUCCAACUCCCCCUGCUGCCUCCUCCAAUCCUCCUUCAGGUCAUCCUGUUCAGUUCUACAGCAUGAACAGACCUGCUGCUCGGCACACACCUCCAACAAUAGGGGGCUCUUUGCCAUACAGGCGUCCUCCAUCCAUCACUUCACAGAACAGCCUUCAAAGCCAGGUCAAUGGAGGACCGUUUUAUAGCCAGAAUCCAGUGUCUCUUGCACCACCACCUCCCUCCAUCCUACAGGUAACUCCUCAGUUGCCAUUAAUGGGAUUUGUGGCCAGAGUUCAGGAAAAUAUUUCAGAUACACCUCCCCCCCCACCCCCUGUAGACGAAGCUGUUUUUGAUGAAUCUCCACCGCCGCCCCCUCCUCCAGAAGAUUAUGAAGAAGAAGAAGCAGCUGUGGUGGAAUACAGCGAUCCUUAUGCUGAAGAGGAUCCACCAUGGGCACCAAGGACCUACUUGGAGAAAGUUGUGGCAAUUUAUGAUUACACUAAAGACAAGGAAGAUGAACUUUCCUUUCAGGAAGGUGCCAUCAUCUACGUCAUUAAGAAAAAUGAUGAUGGGUGGUAUGAAGGUGUAAUGAAUGGAGUAACUGGACUCUUCCCUGGAAACUACGUGGAGUCCAUCAUGCACUACUCGGAAUGAAGACCACUGUGGCAAGAGGCAGAACUAAGAUUGUUGGGCUGCCCAGGUCCCACUGGCAGCUUGGGGGAACCUGGGCAACUGAAGGAAGGAAGGAUCAUUGUAAUGAAACCACUCCCUUUCCCCCCUUUUUAUAAAAUGGUGAUUUGAAUUGUUUUGAAGAAUGGCUCUUCCAUUUGCCAGCAGCGACCAAGCUGAAUGACCAAUAUUAAUGAGCUGACUGAUCGACAUGUAGAUACAGAGAUGUAAUGAACUUACCAGUAAAGUGAUCCAUUACUCAAAUUGAGACCCAUUCAAUCAAAAUACGGGAUUUUUUUCUCAGGAAUACCAUGCCUGGUAUUGGGGCAUCUUGGAUGCCAGCGCUGGAGGCUUUGAUAGGCUGUCUGCCAUCUCUUCCCCCCCCCCUUAUUCUGCACAUAUUACUGUUGGAUGUGUGUUACUGUACUGGCAAACAUUCUGAGGUCACACACCAACUGGAUCUCAGCUUGGUUCCUUGCAUCUCUAAUGCAGCAAUUCUGCAAUUGUUUCACACAUAGCUUGAUCUAGGCAUGUAAGGAGCUGUUUUCUUUCCUUUUACAGAAGGAUGUGACAUCAGAGAUAACUCUCCCAAUAUAUUGAGCCUUCCAAGUCAUAAACUGGGCCUCUUUUGUAUCAUUGUAUUAUUUUUAAAGAGUUGAACUAAAGGUCAUGAAGGAUGAUAAAGCUUGAUAUUUUAAAAAUGGCCUCUGUCCUUCAUAUAAUUAUAGCUCUCUGUGGCCAGCCUUAUUCAGCCCCCAGUAUGCAAAAUGGUUUAAACUUCCCUCCUGAUAGUGUUCAAAAACUGCUUUUGAUCAGGCUUAGCCCUGGUUGUUUUCACAAAGGCUGGCAGCAGUCUUCUAAAAUUACCUCAUGUUUUGUAAUUUGGGAGUUAGAAAGGGACAGAAUUAAGUAUUUUAUAGAGAAAAGCUUAGCCUGAAUUGAUUAGUGUGCUUCAGCUGAAGAUAGCCUGUUCAGCUCAGAAUAAGUGUAUACCAGUGAAAUUGGCCAUUCGUUCUAUUUCAGAUUUUGAUACAUAUCAUGAAGGCCAUGGGUAAGCAGACAAAUAUUGCCCAAGGGCUGUUGGUUUUCUUUGAAUGCUAAUUUAGAAAUAGAUGGGUGAUUUUCCAACAUGUGAAUGGAAAUCUGCUAUAAUGACAUUAGGCAUUUUAGCAGCAAACUAGAGGAUAUACAAAAUAUGUUUAUUUUUGGUAACUAGCAGUCAUGGAGCUAUCGGGUUCAGGCAUGAAGUAAGGUGGGAGGAUGUGAACUCUUUUCUAUAUUGUAGACCAUAGUCCUUAGGAAGCUCGCUUUUGCUUAGCUGCUAAUUUUAUGCUGAUAGCAGCUGAAUUGGGGGGAUUAUGAGAAGAACCUGAAGGAUUUUGCAUUAGCUCUGUGGUGUAUUGUGGGAAGUUAAACCUACCUGUGUACCACAAUCCCAGUCCAAUUCCUCCCUGCUGAUUAGCAUAAUGAAAGUUCCUCCAGAUACACAGAAUAAGAUACUUCUUUUUAAAAAGGCAUUAUAAACAUUUCAUAUUCCUUCUUACUUUUAGUUGGAUUGUACUGACUUGCUGGGUAUAUUGCUCAAGAUGUUUCAGUAAUCAUGUACUUGGAACACUGAUUGUAGCAGUCAGCCUUCCUUUCUCACAUAAGCUAGCCAUAACUUUACUAACCAUUUUCUGAGUUAUACAGAUUAUGUUGGUGUAGGUUCCAUGGCUCCCCCUCUUGCUUGUUAGUGCCAUUAAUAAACCUCAGGUGCUACCAAAAGUCA